AGCCAAAUCAUCUGCUCCAGAGGGUACCCCAGUGAGGUGUAUGAGGUCCUGACUCCUGAUGGCUACUACAUCACCCUGAACAGAAUUCCUCAUGGGAGAGAAAAGCAUAGGAACAGAGAGGCCAGGCCAGUGGUAUUUCUCCAGCAUGGGCUGUUUGGACAAGGAAGUCACUGGGUGGCCAACCUGCCUAACAACAGCCUUGGCUUCAUGCUGGCAGACUCUGGCUAUGAUGUGUGGCUGGGAAACAGCCGUGGGACAAGCUGGUCCCAGAGGCACCAACACCUUUCAGCUGACCAGGAUGAGUUCUGGGAUUUCAGCUUCCAUGAGAUGGCAAUGUAUGACCUUCCAGCCAUGAUAGACUUUGUGCUGCAGAAGACUGGACAGAAGAGGCUCCACUAUGUUGGCUACUCCCAGGGCUGCACAAUGGCCUUCAUUGCCUUUUCAUCCAUGCCUGAACUGGCUCAGAAAAUCAAGAUGUUUUAUGCCCUGGCUCCAGUGGCGACAGCCAAGCACUCCAGAAGUCCCUUAAUGAAAUUAGUCUCUCUCCUGGACAAGAACUUCAGGACUAUUCCGCUGCUGUUUGGCAGAACAGAUGCCUCGCUGCGGAUGAAGAAGCUGUGGAGGUUUCUCCCUGAGCUGUGCAGGAAUCAACUGCUGCACAAACCUUGUGCCAACAUCCUCUUUCUGCUAGGGGGCUACAAUGGGAAGAACCUCAACAUGACACGGCUGGAUGUGUACACAUCUCACUAUCCUGAUAGCACCUCUGUCAAAAAUGUGAUCCACUGGGCCCAGGUGACAAAAUCAGGAGAAUUCAAAGCCUUCGACUAUGGCAAUGAAAACAGAGCUGUGUACCAUCAGGAUAGACCACCCCUCUACCAGGUGGAGGAGAUGCCUGUGCCCACUGCAGUGUGGUCAGGAGGGCAGGACUGGGUGGCUGACUGGAAGGAUGUCCUCCAGCUGCUGCCUCGCAUCACCCACCUCGUCACCUACACCCACAUCCCUGACUGGAACCACUGGGAUUUCAUCUGGGGCUUGGAUGCCCCUGGGAGACUCUACAGCAGCAUCCUGAAGCUGAUGAAGGAGUCCCCCCAGUAG